AAGGGGCCGAAGCAUUUUGCGAGGCGACUCCUUGCGAGCCACAUCCUCGUACCGCGCACAAACGGACUACGUCUUGCAAGUCUGUAUUUACGAUCUUUGCUUUAAGUGAAUGCAGUAGGGAUUCGAGAAACAAUGUCGUCGUUAAGGACCAAAUUAAUAUUGUUUUGGCUGGGCCUGACCGCGUCUACCUGUGGCAGCGUCACGAAAGACCAAGGAUUUUCUACAAAGGAUGGCGGUUUUUAUACUGAAGACGCUGUUAUUUUAAAUGCGGCUGUACCUCGAGUGCGACGAGAAAUCGACAGUGGUGAAUCGAAUAGCACUCGUGAAGGGAAACAAUUUUGGUUGCUCAGACCACGACAGCACGAUGAAGGAGCUUUCGGCCUGGAUUGUGAAACAACAAUGGGCAAGAGGGGAACAUGUAAGAGUUUUCACGACUGCUAUCCGCUGCUCAAGGUGGCCGACCUCUCAGGGUGGGACGGAUGGGUGAUGGGGCACUACGAUACCUGCAGUUAUAUUAGCGGGGAUAACAUGGAGGUAUUUGGAGUGUGUUGCACAGAGCCAGUGGGCACGCCUCCGCAGCAGGAACCUGAUGUGCAGCGUUUAGGGUUCCUCCAGCCUGCUGUCCCUGUACAUCUUCCUCCACUGCAAUUAUCUGGUUUCCCAGGCCGCGUUGUGUCGGCGUUCUCAUCAACAUGGGGCAUCGGCCAAGGCGCAAACAUGCGUCAAAUUCCUGCCCAGUGGCCACCAACCAUUCCUCCUCUGCCAACUCAUCCACCGGACCAUACUGCGCCUACGCAUCCACCUUCUCUAAUUGCUGGCAUCACUCUACCAUCUCACGAUCCCGUGGUCACCCCAGCUACCACAUGGGCAACGAGACCUCCUGGAUUUGCCACCACCAAGCCCACGACCAAGCAGACUUGGCCACCGAUGUACCCCACUCUACCCAGUAAGCCGACAACUCAACCUCAAGCUGUUGACGGAUCUUGUGGUAGAAAGAACGGACCGCAGACUUACGAAAGCAACUACCAGGAUGAGGAGCGUAUCGUUGGCGGCCACAACGCAGAAAUGAAUGAAUGGCCCUGGAUCGUUGCUCUGUUCAACGGCGGCCGUCAAUUUUGUGGUGGUUCUCUGAUUGACGACAGACACGUCCUUUCGGCUGCCCACUGCGUUGCUCAUAUGACGUCAUGGGAUGUAGCUCGUCUUACUGCAAGACUUGGUGACCAUAAUAUCCGAACAAAUUCUGAGACUAUGCAUAUUGAAAGGAAAAUCAAGCGAGUUGUCAGACACCGUGGUUUUGACAUGCGUACUUUGUACAACGAUAUUGCCAUCCUUACUUUAGACCAGGCCGUACCGUUUACAAAGAACGUUCGGCCAAUUUGCCUUCCCGGUGGAGGAAGGGCUUACACUGGGCUCAUCGCCACGGUCAUCGGUUGGGGAAGCUUGCGAGAGAGCGGACCUCAACCAUCAAUCUUGCAAGAAGUAGCAAUUCCCGUCUGGUCAAAUGCAGAAUGUCGAAUGAAAUACGGCGCUGCGGCUCCGGGAGGCAUCACCGAGCACAUGUUAUGCGCUGGUAAAGCUAGUAUGGAUUCUUGCAGUGGUGAUAGCGGUGGUCCACUGAUGGUGAACGAAGGAGGUCGCUGGACCCAAGUGGGCGUAGUAUCGUGGGGUAUCGGCUGUGGAAAAGGACAGUACCCCGGAGUCUACACUCGUGUCACCGCUUUCCUGCCCUGGAUACAAAAGAACUCCAAAUAAAGGUCACAAUACGAAAUCAACAUGCCAUGAUUCCUAGAGAUUAUUGACUAUGUUUAAUAUGUUUUUUUUAAGUUGCUGAUGUUCCUUUUUUCUUAUGUACAUGUCGAUAUGUUCAAAGGCAUUAUUAUGGCCACUACGUUUGCUUACAUACAUUAUUAUAACAAAUUCGGCCAUAAAUAAGAAUUUUGUAAUAUUGAGUAAGACAUUUUAUUCAUGGACUUAAUCGCUGAGCCGAUUUCAAAAAUUACACAAAUCAUCAAUUAUUUUGAGAAAGACAACCCGAAACUUGCCUUUCUUAAUAAAUUGGUGUAGGUAAAUAAAUACAUAACAAAAAUUUU